AUGUGCGAACCUCAAUUCCUUACGUAUCUUAAUACUCCACCAAUAUCGAAACCAAGAUCUGCCGGUAUUCCAGACCCUCCAGGAUAUACAGCCUCCUCAUCGUCAAGUCGAAAACAAACUACCAAAGCUCCACGACAAGCUCCCACUCCCGCCGAAAUGGACACACUCAAGGUCAAGAAGGCUUGGGAAGUGGCUCUUGCCCCUGUCAAACAACUUCCAAUGACCGCGAUUAUGAUGUAUAUGUCGGGAAACUCUCUUCAGAUAUUUUCCAUUAUGAUGGUGGUUAUGGCGUUCAAAAAUCCUUUGAUGGGACUUAUGGCCACGAAUCAAGCAUUUGAACGUUUCGAGAGUGAAGGAACGAGAGGGCAACUGGGCCUAGUUAAAUUGGCGUAUGUUGCGUGUCAAGUGUUAGCUUUGGGGUUGGGAAUAUGGAAGGUCAAUGGGAUGGGAUUGUUACCGACUACAAGAUCGGAUUGGUUAGCAUGGGAAACAGCAAGAGACCCUCUCGAGCGAGCCAUCCCAUCGUUCUGA